GCAGUGCACAAGAGGCCCUUCGGCCCAUCAAGUUUGUACCAGGCCCACAACCCUGAAUGUUAUGGCACUUCAAGGGCAUUCAGAUGGGAUUGAGAAUUGAGGAGCACGUGCCAAAUAUGGAAUGGAAUCUGAAAGUCUUGCAAUUCAUCAGGGCCUGAGUAUCUUGGCCUUUUGGUGCAUAAGAAGUCUUUUUCUGGUUUUAAACGUCCAUAUGGCUGGAAGGGCAUCAAGACACAAGCACUUGAAUGAGACUGCUCCCUUGUAAUGACUGGAAAUAACUUAAACCUGUGAUGCAGCCUGAAAAAAAUACUUUGCAUUUGUCACAGCUUAGGGAACCUGUGUGCAUAUUCUGUGUGUGGACCCAGGGUUUCAAUUGAUUGUACUAAGUGGAGGAACACAAGGACACUGGCAUCAUGGAAACACCAGAGAAAUUUGGGGACUGUGAGAAGAGAGUACUUACCUCUUAUGAGCUGGAUAUUUAUCAAACUGAUCACAAUGGGGAGAAACCGUUAACCUGUUCAGUGUGUGACAAAGAGUUUGCUCAGUCAUCCAACCUGAUGUUACACCAGCGAGUUCACACUGGAGAGAGGCCAUUUACCUGUUCCGUGUGCAGGAAGGGAUUUUCACAGUCAUCCAGCCUGCAGACACACCAGCGCGUUCACACUGGGGAGAAGCCGUUCACCUGCUCAGUGUGUGGGAAGAGAUUCACUAAUUCAUCCAACUUACUCUUACACCAGCGAGUUCACACUGGAGAGAGACCGUUCACCUGCUCCGUGUGCGGGAAGGGAUUCACACAGUCGUCCAGCCUGCUGACACACCGGCGCCUUCAUACUGGGGAGAGGCCAUUCACUUGCUCGGUGUGUGGGAAGGGAUUCACUAAUUCAUCCAACCUUAUGACUCACCAACGAGUUCACACUGGGGAGAGGCCGUUCACCUGCCCCGUGUGUGGGAAGGGAUUCACUCAGUCGUCCAGCCUGAUGACUCACCGGCGUGUUCACACGGGGGAAAGGCCGUUCACCUGCUCCGUGUGUGGGAAGCGAUUCAGAAAUUCAUCCAAUCUGCUGACUCACCAGCGCGUUCAUACUGGGGAAAGGCCAUUCACUUGCCCCAUGUGUGGGAAAGGAUUCACUCAGUCAUCUAGUCUACUGACACAUCAAAGGGUACACAAUGGGCAGAGGUUGUUCAGAUGCAUUGUGUGAAGGGGUUCACGCGAUCCUUCUGCUGAAAUAUCAGCUGGUUUGCAAGUGACUGCAAGAGUUGGAAAUGUUUGUUGUUGGUACUGUUAAAGACAUAUGGAAUAAUUUGCAUUUACUCUGAAAGUUUGGAUUUCUGCUGGCGUUAAGAAUUCCUAUGCCAUGUAACUUAUGCGAUUCAUAAUGCUUUGGUUUUCUGGCUUUUAGAAUUUACUGAAUUAUGGAAUAACUUUGGAACACACAACCGCAAGUGAAUGGACCAGUAAGCACUAGAAUAAAUCUUUACCUGAAACACAAAA